UAGGAAAGAAGAGACUGCUAUAUACAAAUGUAGUUAUAUACACACACACAUUUGUACGAAAUUCGAAUGCUUUCACUUACAAUCUUCUGUUAAGCCAAAACCGGAGACUCUCUCUCCCUGUGUGUGAAAAUUGAGAAUCGAAGAAGGAGCCAUGACUGGGCGAAGAGACGGUCCGUUGAUGAGAAACACCACACAGUCCCUACGUGGAUCGAGAAUCGUCAUUGCCAUCGCGAUUGGAGUCCUUCUCGGAUGCGUCUUCGCAUUCCUCUUCCCUCGCGGACUCUUCGCCUCCAAUUCACCAAUUCAAUCCCACCCAAUCGCCAAAUCCAAUAUACAGGUUGUUUCAUCUCCAUGUGAGUCAUCUGAACAUGUCAACAUGUUGAAGUCAGAAUUCAUAUCAGUGUCAGAGAAGAAUGCGGAGUUGAAGAAGGAGAUUAGGGAAUUGACUGAAAAGCUUCAGUUGGCCGAACAACGUAAAGAUGAUGCACAGAAACCGGUCUUGGUGUUGGGUGAACCGCAUAAAGCUGGGGUUUUUGGUACUGUUAAGGGUUCAAGAACCAGCCCCAGUGUUAUAGCUGAUGAGACUGUGAACCCAAGAUUGGCCAAAAUAUUAGAGAAAGUUGCUGUUAAGCGGGAACUUAUAGUUACACUUGCAAAUUUGAACGUGAAGGAAAUGGUGGAGGUCUGGUUCACUAAUAUCAAGAGAGUGGGUAUACCCAAUUAUCUGGUGAUUGCUUUGGAUGAAGAAAUCGCCAACUUCUGCCAAACAAAUAAUGUUCCAGUGUACAAGAGAGACCCGGAGGAAGGUAUUGAUUCAAUUGCGAGAUCAGGGGGAAACCAUGCUGUUUCAGCACUGAAGUUUCGCAUCUUGAGGGAGUUCUUGCAGCUUGGUUAUAGUGUUCUUCUCUCAGAUGUUGAUAUAGUAUAUUUGCAGAAUCCUUUUGGCUAUCUUUAUCGUGAUUCAGAUGUGGAGUCCAUGACUGAUGGUCAUGACAAUACAACAGCUUACGGGUAUGAUGAUGUUUUUGACGAACCUUCUAUGGGUUGGGCUCGUUAUGCUCAUACAAUGAGGAUGUGGGUUUAUAAUUCUGGUUUCUUUUACAUAAGACCAACAAUCCCUUCAAUUGAGCUUCUGGAUCGUGUGGCUGGUAGGCUAUCUAGGGAGCCAAAUUCUUGGGACCAGGCAGUUUUCAAUGAGGAGCUCUUUUUCCCUUCACAUCCUGGGUAUGAUGGUCUUCAUGCCUCCAGGAGAACUAUGGAUUUCUAUCUCUUCAUGAACAGCAAGGUGCUUUUCAAGACGGUUAGGAAAGACCCGAACCUGAGCAAGCUUAAACCGGUAAUCAUUCAUGUAAAUUACCACCCUGAUAAGCUCCCAAGAAUGGAAGCAAUUGUGGAGUACUAUGUUAAUGGUAAGCAAGACGCGUUGAAAUCCUUCCCCGAUGGUUCAAAUUGAUAAAUUCUUAUCCUGCUCAUUAGAAACACCCUCUGCUUAUUCUGCUUGCUGGAUUUCAAGAUGCUUGUACUCGGUCGGUACUUGUGUAACACCACAUUUAGGUCUAUAAUGGCAAUAUGGGUUGUUGUGCCUGAUUUAAGAAGAAUUUCGCUCCUCUUGCCAUAGGAAGAACCUCAUGUAACUGUAUUCUUUUGUUUUGCCUGCCAAUUUUCGGUUUCUGCAUCAUUGUUUUUAGGGUAAAUGUCACUGACACCCUUGUAUUUAGGUGAUAUUUCACUGACAUCCCUUCUAGUAUCUGAAAUAUCACUGCACACCCCUAUAGUUUAUAUAUAUGUUUCACUAACUACCCCUACGGUCCUACCGUCUAUGCCGUUACUAACAACCAAAAAUGCAUGUGAUGUGUUUGCAUAUUCCCUUAUGA